UAUGGAGGGCUUAAAAAGGAGAUUUAUCGGCAAUGGGCAAAUUUGAAAUUUCUGUCCCCACUUUUAAGCAGCUUCCUCGGUUUGACAGCAGAGGCACUGCGAUCGACUGGGAUACUACAUUUUCAUUUACAACAAUGAGUCGUGGUAGAAAUUGCUUUGUACCUGGCUGUACAAGUGGGAAUCCCAAUAAAAACAAGGCAAAUAAAGAACGGGGUGAAAGAAACCCAAGCCUUUUCAAAGCUCCUAAUGAUCCUAGCUUGCUACAGCAGUGGCAAAAGGCGAUACCCAGAUCAGACAAGACACUUAGCAGCAAAGAUGCUGUUUGUGAACUACAUUUUCUAGAUGAAGAUAUUUUGACUCAUUAUGAGAUCAAAUUAACUGACGGAACUAUCAGUAGAAUUGAGCGGGGUAGACCAUUAUUAAAGGAGGGUUCAAUUCCAAGAAUUUUUCCUAACCUGCCUUCAUAUUUCUCUAGUAAUAAAAGAAAGAGGAAACCACCAUGUGUAAGGAGUGAAGCAACUGAAAAAGUUUCUAAUUCAAAAAAAGUAAAAGGUCUGCCUAUUAAUCAUGUUGAAAAUUAUUGUAUUGUGGUUGAUACUUUUGAUUGUGUAUAUAAACCAUUUAGAAUAGUUUUUAUGAAUAUGAAUAAGCUCUUUAAAUUAAUAUGUAGGUAUAUUGUAGCUAGGUAUUUUUUUAGAAUGCAUUUUUUUUUAAAUUGUAAUUUUUUGUGUUCUUGAUAUAAUAUGAUGUUCCUGUUUUAUUUUUUGGCAUAGUACAUAUAGAUAUUUAAUAUCUAAGUGCUAAAUUGUAUAUUAAAUUUAUAUAUUGUAUAUUUUAUUUAUUAAAUUUAGUGGAAUUAGUUAAUAGAAACAAAAGUUGUAAUGUAUUAAUAUUGCUAAAUAAAUAUUUAUAUGAUGAAAUAAGUCAGCGUAUAUACAUAUUCACAACUCUGUAUUUUUGUGCUUUUGAAAUAAACUGAGUACAUUAUUUAUUCAUUAAUAUUUUAUUUACAAACCUACCUUAUAUUAAUAAAGUGAAUAUCAAUAGAAAAACCUUUACAAUUAUUAGGUGACAUUGAAUAUAAUAUAUCUUGAAUUUAAUUGUCUACGAAACAGUGACAAUUUGCAAAACUUUGCUAAUGACAUUAAAACUUACAAUUCAACGCUAGAAAAAACGCUAUUGAACACAGGAAACGUUUCAGCUCAAUAUACCUACUCUCUAGUUUCAGCUAUAAAAAGUUAUGGAAUAGAUAACACCGAUCAAAGGGUGCAAUGGUAACGUUCGUCUUCAGUUUCCAUUUAUGAUUAAGUUAUUCCUGAUAAAAUACUCUUAAUUUUCGUUAUUCAAUCUGUCAAUCGCCAUAAAACCACUACUAGUUCGAAAGAUUUUAAUGUUUAUUAAAAUGGUAUCACACUAAACUGCAUGUAAACAUGUCAAUUUCAAAUGUUUUAAUGAAAAACUAUGAACCUUUAAACUGCAUCAACAAAACUAUUAAUAAAACACUAACACAAUCACACCAUAAACUAUUUCAUUCGCAUUUCUCAUCAAGAAACAAUUACUGUUUACAUCAAAUCAAAGGUUGAACUGGUGAUAAAUUUGUUGCUGGAACUUCUAUCUUUUUUGUACAACAGUUCUAGGGAAGAUUUAUUUUAGCAGCUUAUAUGUUUCUUCGGUCGUGUAUGCACUAAAAAGAACCACAUAAUAAAACAUUUUUAUAAUAUCAACUUAGGAAAAGGAUAUAUUAAACCGGCAUCUAAUAUAACCUAACUAACUUUUCAAACUCAAAUUUAAGGUUUUGUAUUCACAAUUUUAGCCACGCACAUUGCUCAAUUAGAAAAA